UAAAUUCACCGUGAACUUUUAUUGUGUAUUGUAUUUUGCGGGCGUCAGACAGUGAUCAGAGAUUUGUAAACAAAUAAUAAAAAAAAGUUAGCGUGAAGCAUUCAUUGAAUCUGGCAAAAAUGAAAGUUGCAGUAGAGGGUUGUGCUCACGGUGAGCUGGAAAAGAUUUAUGAAACAAUACAGUGCCUUGAAAAUGAGGAGGGCUACAAAGUGGAUUUGUUACUUUGUUGUGGAGAUUUCCAAGCUACACGUAACUUGGACGACUUACAGACAAUGGCAGUGCCACCAAAAUACUUGGACAUGUGCUCGUUUUACAAAUACUACAGUGGUGAGCUAGUUGCACCAAUCCUUACAAUAUUUAUAGGGGGUAAUCACGAAGCAUCCAAUCAUCUGCAGGAACUACCGUACGGUGGCUGGGUAGCACCGAACAUCUACUACUUGGGCUAUGCUGGUGUUGUAAAGGUGAAUGGCAUACGUAUUGCAGGGUUGUCGGGCAUUUAUAAAGGACAUGACUACUUGCGUGGGCGUUUUGAAUUUGCUCCCUAUACGGACACUACGCGCACAAGCGUUUACCAUGUUCGCCAACUCGAAGUGUUUCGCCUGAAACAACUUUCCGGUACCAUCGAUAUAUUCAUGUCACACGAUUGGCCACGUGGUAUAUACAACUAUGGCAAUAAGUCACAAUUAGCGCGUUUUAAACCACAUUUUCGUGAUGAAAUGGAUAAAGGUCAACUGGGUAGUAGGCCUUGUGAGGACUUGCUUAAGUUGCUAAAACCCAAUUAUUGGUUUGCGGCACAUUUGCAUUGCAAAUUUGCCGCCGUGGUGCCGCAUGAUGAAGUGGAGGAUAGCAGCGGUGAAGCUGAUGAAAGUAGUAAUGAAAAUCAUAGCUCGAAGGACAAACCAGUCGGCGAGGAUAAAGAUGAGCGUAUUACCAAAUUUCUUGCAUUGGACAAAUGCUUGCCUAAGCGUAGAUUUUUGCAGUUACUCGACAUUGAAACACCCGAAUUUACAGAGGGUGAAGUGCGCCUCGAAUAUGACCUUGAAUGGUUAACUAUUCUACAUUUAACAAAUCAUUUAACGAAUGUGAAAAGUUCAAAGUAUUAUCUGCCGGGCCCACAAAAUGCAGCAAGUACUGAGCGUUACAACUUUGUACCCAAUCGCGACGAAAUGGAAAAUGUUCGGAACAAGUUUGCUGCAGAUUUACUGAUACCCAAGAAUUUUUCACGUACAGUUGAACCCUAUAACGCUAGCGAAGCCAAUAGAGAACAUGUGUCACAGCCAAAAGCGCAAAUUAAUCCACAGUCACAAAAUUUCUGCGAUGCUUUAGGUAUUGAUGAUCCUGUUAGUCUAGCACUAAUUAUAGGCGGGCAUGAGCUCAGCUAUUCCAGUGCGAUGAACGAAAGCACAGAUACAGAGUUCAACGAUUCUACAGCAUCAAUGCAAACGGAACAAUCCAGCUUGAAUAUAUCGAGCAGCACUGGAGAUGCGCUGUCGCCGCGACAAAUCAGUCCUUUCAAGCGAAAAAGUAGUUUAGGUUUAAAUUUGCCCAAACCCAUAGUGGAGAUCGAUAGUGCAAUAGGUGAAAUUUGUGAAGAGAAGAAUCCCGAUGAAUUACAGCUGGGUAAUAGUUCUGCUGAUGAGACAGAUAAUGAGGCUAAAGUGGCGGAAGAUGUUAACGAGGAAGAUAGUGGAGCGAUUGCUUUGAAUGCAAAACCGCCCAUUAAGAAAUUCAAGCGUCGAAAUCAAAGCGUAUAUAUGAACGAAGACAAGGAAGAUGAAUCAGGGUAAAAGUCAUGCGUUCAAGUAAAUUUAAUUAUGCGUAGGCAGAAAAGCAGAUGUAUAAGUUUUUAAAUCAAUG